GAUUGUAUAAUUACCAACCAAGUACACCAAUUGAUACUUCUCAUUCCCAGAGUCAUCCAAGAUACGGUAAAUUAGUUCAAACACAAGAUAUCAAGAUGACUUCCAAUAUAUGUGAUGGGGAGACCAUUAAUGUCCUAUUCUAUGGUUUUGGAGCGAUUGGUUCCGUCUAUGCAUUCAUUCUAAGUCGAGUAUCAAACGUGCGAUUGACUGUUGUAGCGAGGUCAAAUUAUCAGGCUGUGAAGGAGAAUGGGCUGAAGCUUAUCAGUCAAAACCACGGUGAAAAUACCUUUCACCCAGCUAACGUCAUCAAAACGCCCGAUGAAGCACCAGGCCAUUAUGACUACAUAGUUUGCUCUAACAAAGCCAUUGGCCAAGAGGCUGUAGCUAAGUCUCUUGCACCAGUGAUUUCCGAGUCAACAACCAUUGUACUUAUUCAAAAUGGCGUCGGAAAUGAAGACCCAUUCCGCGCAAUCUACCCCCAAAAUACCAUUAUCUCUUGCGUUGCGUGGACCGGCGCUAUUCAAAACACACCUGGUAUCGUUCAUCACACCAAAAACGAAAAUCUGCAAUUAGGACUCUUCCCAAACCCGAAUGUAUCAACAGAAAUCGAAGACAAGCGAUUGAACGUCUUUUCGGAAUUACUAUCAGCUGGAAAAACUCCGCACGAAGUUUUCUCUCCUUCCAGAUUGCAGACCGCCCGCUGGGAAAAAGUUAUCUGGAAUUGUGCUUGGAAUUGUUUAACUACGCUUACACGUCUCCAUACACAUGAAUGGCUCAAUUCUUCUCCGGAAGCUAUGAAUAUGACGCGAACACUUAUGGGAGAAGUAGUUACUGUUGCAAGAAAAAUGGGGGUUGAUAUUAAAGAUGAUUUGAUUGAGAGAUUGAUGAAGAGGAUACUUGGGAUGCCGAGUAUUGGUACGAGUAUGUUGACUGAUGCGUUGUGCGGGAGACAGUUAGAAUUAGAUGUAAUACUUGGAGUGCCGGUUAAGAGGGGUAGGGAGUUGGGGGUGGAUAUGAGGGUUUGUGAAACGGUUUAUACGUUGCUUCAGGGAGUGGAUUUGGGUUUGAGGCAAGGAGGACCGAGGAGUACUUGAGAGAUGGGGGAUAUGAUGGGGUUGUAAGGCGAAUGGUUUGUAAUGUAGUUUAGAGAAUUAGAGAAUUAGAUGGAAGAGUUCAUGUUUCUUCAUGAUUUGUGAUGGAGAUCAGGUUCUAGAAGACACGUGCAUUCUCGUCUAUCAGAAUGCUGACAAUUAUUCA